AUGCCGAUAAAUAUUAAAUUUAACUUGUUCGAUGCAUAUGUCGCAUCCAUCCUCUACUACAGUUCUGAGGUAUGGGGCUUCUCGUCGGCCGAAGUGGUGGAACGUGUGCACCUGACAAAUCUUCAAGUUACAAAUGUUGACUUUCGACCAUCUACAGUAAAAACCAACGAGAUUACUGUAACAUGGUCAGCACCAGCUAAUUAUAAACAGUUCAUAGAUCGAUAUACUGUGGAAUGGAAACUGACUUAUUAUAACAGUAUUGCUGUCCCGUCACAAAAUGUUGCCUCAUCUAGUACAUCGCUGACACUUACAAGAGGAAUAGAGUCCGGUAGAGCAUACACUGUGACCAUCAUAUCAAUAAAUGACCAAACACAGACAAGUUCUGAAAGAACUACAUCAGUUAGAAAACAACAGGCUGCAAAACCAACUGUGACCAGUGGACUAGACUGGUCAAACAGUGAUCGAGAUGCCACAACCAGUACUAUCAAGGUGGCUUGGGUUGCUGCAGCUGGUUAUGUAAGUCAGUACCAGGUACAGUUGCUAGAUGGAACAACAAUGAUCAUGUCAAAAACAGUUAAUUCGCCUAACACACAUGCUGAGUUUCCAAGUUCAGGACUUAAAGAUGGAUAUAGAUACAAUGUUAAGAUAACAGCACGCAGUGAAAGUUACGAUUCUGGAAAACGUGUAUCAGGAGAAACGUUCUCUACAGAAUUUAAAACUUUGGCCCAAAGUGAGUUAAUUUUAAGAAUUUAA